AUGGACGGUGCCAGUGGAGAAGCAGAGCCCAUUCCAAGUGAAGGAGAAAGCCUGGAGGUGCCUAGCCAGGGCCACGGCUGUCAGAAUGGUCCGGUGCCACCUCCCCCAGGCCCUGUGCUGCCUCUCGACCCCACACCUAACCCAGCGGGUGCUGACUCAGCUCCAGGUGUGGCUGGUAUCCAUGACAACAUAAGGAGGUCUGAGGGCACUAGUGCUGAGGGCAGUGUUAGAGAAGCAGCUUUGCGGUCUCUCAGACUAAGUCUUCCUAUGCAAGAAACGCGACUGUGCUCCACAGAGGCCUCACUGCCCCUGGAGAGGGAGGAGCAGGUCCGCCUUCAAGCACGGAAGCGACUGGAGGAGCAGCUCCGACAGUACCGGGCGAAGCGGCAACAGGAGAGGUCCAGCCAGCCUGCAAUGAAGACAAGACUCUUCAGCACACUGGACCCUGAGCUCAUGCUCAACCCAGAGAACCUGCCGAGGGCCAGCACCGUGGCCCUGACCAAGGAGUACUCCUUCCUGCGCACGAGUGUUCCUCGUGGGCCGAAGGUGGGCAGCUUAGGGCUCCUGGCUCGUUCCAAGGAGAAGAAAAGCCCCACGGCAAGCAGGAUUCGGUCUUUGGCUGAUUACAGAACUGACGACUUAGAUGCUGGGGACUCGGCUGGGGGUUCCCCGGCCGCCGGCCCCUCCCGGGGCUCUCUGAAACAGAGCAGGGGCAGUGUGACGUCUGUGGUGUCUGAGGCUGGCCUGCCACCCGAAGCUGAUGCCCACCUGGAGGAUACCUCCCUGGCCGGGGAUGACGCAUCUGAAGCAGAUGGCAGUGAGGCUGGACUGAGGCUGGAUGGAAAUGACAGUGACAGCUCCUCUUAUAGCAGUACCUCCCCCCAGGCGGCGUUGGGGGCGCUGGCAGGUGUGGCUGGCACCCGGGAUGCGGCCUACAUGGUCAACGGCCAGGAGGUGGCCACUGACGCUCUGGGACACUUCCCUUCAAUUAAGGAUGUUCUCCAGGCUGCAGCAGCUGAGCAUCGAGGCCAGGGGCCUGAGGUCAGCGGGGACGUUCAGAGCCGCAGAGGCAGCCUGUCUAGCAGUGUGUCCAUCGAGAGCUCUGUCGCCGAGGCCCGGGACGAGAUGCUGCAGGUGCUCAAGGAGAAGAUGAGGCUGGAGGGGCAGCUCGAGGCCUUGUCUCUGGAAGCCAGCCAGGCACUGAAGGAGAAGGCGGAGCUGCAGGCCCAGCUGGCUGCCCUGAACGCCCGGCUGCAGGCACAGGUUGAGCAUAGCCAUAGCAGCCAGCAGAGGCAGGACUCCCUCAGCUGUGAAGUGGACACCUUGAAGCAGUCUUGCUGGGACCUAGAGCGUGCCAUGACUGACCUGCAGAGCAUGCUGGAAGCCAAAAACGCCAGCCUGGCAUCCUCCAACAAUGACCUGCAGGUGGCCGAGGAGCAGUACCAAAGGCUCAUGGCCAAAGUGGAGGACAUGCAGAAGAGCAUGCUUAGCAAGGACAACACAGUGCGCGACCUGAGACGGCAGAUGAGCGCGCUGCAGAGCCAGCUGCAGCAGGUGCGGGCGGAGCGCACGACACUGACCAGCAAGCUGAGGGCGUCGCAGGCUGAGCUCUCGUCCCUGCAGAGCGUCCGACAGUGGUACCAGCAGCAGCUUGCACUGGCACAGGAGGCCCGAGUCAGGCUGCAGGGCGAGAUGGCCCACAUCCAGGUUGGACAGAUGACCCAAGCAGGCCUCCUAGAGCACUUGAAGCUGGAGAACGUGUCUUUGUCCCACCAGCUGACGGAGACACAGCACAGGUCAAUUAAGGAGAAGGAGCGCAUCGCCGUUCAGCUGCAAAGCAUUGAGGCUGAUAUGUUAGACCAGGAAGCUGCCUUUGUGCAGAUUCAAGAAGCCAAGACGAUGGUGGAAGAGGACCUGCAGAGGAGGCUGGAGGAGUUCGAGGAUGAGAAGGCACAGCUGCAGAAGGUGGCGGAUUCUGCAGCAUCCUUGGAGCAGAAGUUAGAGCAGGUGAAGUUGACUUUGCACCAGCGAGACCAGCAGCUUGAGGCCCUGCAGCAGGAACACCUGGGCCUGAUGAGACAGCUCACCGCCACCCAGGAGGCCCUUCAGGCCCGGGAGCAGAGCCUUGGGGACUUGCGGAUGCACCAUGAGGAGCUGCAGGCCCAGCUGGAGGAGCUGCAGGGCGAGGUGGCCACCAAGGACGACGCUGUGCGUUUCCUGCAGCAUGAGAAGAUCGUCCUGGAGGUGGCUCUGCAGGCGGCCAGGAGCAGCCAGGAGGAACUGGACAGGGGAGCGAAGCGCCUGGGAGAGGGAACCGAGCAGACGGUGGAGGUUCUCGAGCAGUUGAGACAAGACUUGGCCGUGAAGUCCAGCCAGGUAGAGUGUCUGCAACAGGAGACAGCCACACUGAAGAGGCAGACACAGAAAGUAAAGGAGCAGUUUCUUCAACAAAAGGUGAUGGUAGAAGCCUACCGCCGGGAUGCCACCUCCAAAGACCAGCUCAUCAGUGAACUGAAGGCUACCAAGAAGAGGCUGGACUCCGAGCUGAAGGAGCUGAGGCAAGAGCUCAUCAAACUCCAGGGAGAAAAGAAGUUGGUGGAGGCGGAGCACUCACAGCUGCAGAGGGAGGUGUCCCAGGUGCACCGGCAGAUGGCAGAUCUGGAGGGGAACCUGCAGGUGGUGCAGAAGGAGCGCGAUGAUGUGGAGAUGGACCUGCAGUCUUUGCAGUUUGAUAAGGAGCAGAUGAUGGUUCUUACCAAAGCCAAUGAGAUGCUGAAGAAACAAAUAGAAGAGCUGCAGGAAGAAGCCAAGAUGGCCAUCACAGAGCAGAAGCACAGGAUGCAGCGUCUGGGCUCAGACCUGAGCAGUGCCCAGAAGGAGAUGAAGACCAAGCACAGGGCCUACGAGAACGCCGUGGGCAUCCUCAGCCGCCGCCUGCAGGAGGCCCUGGCUGCCCAGGAGUCCGCGGAGGCCAAGCUGGGCGAGCUGCGGGCCCAGGGUGCCGACGUUGGUGGCAGCAGCCUCGCCUUCCAUGAAAGAAUCCGGACCUUGGAGGUGGAGCUGCAGACCGUCAGCCACGGGAAGAUGCUCCUGGAGAAGGAGUUGCAGGAGGUCAUUUCCAUGACCAGCCAGGAACUGGAGGAGCAGCGGGAGAAGGUGCUGGAACUCGAGGACGAGCUUCAGGAAGCUAGAGGUUUCCAGAGGAAGAUCAGGCGCCUGGAGGAGUCGAAUAAGAAGCUGGCUCUGGAACUGGAGCAUGAGAGAGGGAAGCUCACAGGCCUGGGCCAGUCCAGCGCAGCCCUGCGGGAGCACAACAGCGUCUUAGAGACAGCCUUAGCUAAGAGGGAGGCAGAUCUGGUCCAGCUGAACCUGCAGGUGCAGGCAGUUCUGCAGCGCAAAGAGAAGGAGGAUCAGCAGAUGAAGCAGCUGGUCCAGGCCUUGCAAACCGCCUUGGAGAAGGAGAAGGCGAAGGGGCACAGCCUCCAGGAACAGAGGAAGGAGCUGAAGGGUGAAGCCAGCUCCUCCAACCCUGUGACACCAGUCAAGAUUCCUGACUGCCCAGUCCCCGCCUCACUGUUAGAGGAGCUGCUCAGGCCCCCGCCUGCUGUGAGCAAGGAGCCCCUGAAGAACUUGAACACCUGUCUCCAGCAACUGAAGCAGGAGAUGGACAGCCUGCAGCGUCAGAUGGAAGAACACACCAUCACCGUGCAUGAGUCACUGUCCUCGUGGACUCAGGUUGAAGGUCGCUUUGGGGACUCGGCUGGCCCUAGCCCUGCUGCCCCCGGAGAUCACACCAACCCCAGUGCUGACACAGAGAAACACAAUCAGAGCAGUGCGCCCACUGAAGUAUUGCAACAGUGA